AUGGCAACAGAGGACAGAGAGAUGAUGGGAGCACGUGGGGCAGGAGAAAGUUGCCCCACCCUCUCCAAGGUGGCACCUGGUGACAACAUGCCCGAAGGGAAGUCAAAGGCCUCUUUGGAUGCAGAACCCCUAAAGUUAGAACUGCCCAUCCUGGAAGAGAAUGAAACCUGUGAAGACAGAGAUUGCCCAGGGACCCCUAAGUCACUGUCCCCAAAGUCUGGCCAUACCACCAAGGGUCAGGCUGGUGACGGACCUGGACAGGAACCCAUGGAGCUGCCCCCACCCCUGGAGACAGAACACCACAAUGCAAUGGAACUGGAGAAGGUGCGCAUGGAGUUUGAGCUGACACGCCUGAAGUAUCUGCACCAGGAGAAUGAGCGGCAGAGGCACCACGAGGAGGUGAUGGAGCAGCUGCAGCAGCAGCAGCAGCAGGCUUUGCCUCACCAGUUCUCGGGAGGCCUCCAGGACCUCCUGCUCCCCCAGAACCAGUUCGCCAUGUUCCUCUGCUGCUUCAUCUUCAUCCACAUCAUCUACGUUGCCAAGGAGAUGGUCUUCUUUCUCUUCUCCAAGCACUACCUGUUCUGCCUCGCAGCCAUCUUGCUGUGUUUGAUUAAAACCCUGUGGUCCUACUUCCAAGUGCCUUUGCGUCGUCCACCACUGGCAGGACUCCUCCCCGCCCACUGUAACCUGUCUGAUGGCACAGCUGCCAGCUGCUGCCGCCUGUGGGUGAAGACACCUGGCCAGGCCACUGCCCUCAGCCUGUUUCUCACUGUGACCAAGGGAGAAGUUCAGAAGUUAAAAGGUUGA